AUGGCUGCUGGCCCAGGGACUCUGCUAGGCCCAUCAGCUGAAAACCAACAGCAGCUCCAUGAACCUCUGCAGGGCAGAGGCCCCAAACCUGCGCUGGAGAGAACAAACUGCCUGGGAUCUGAGACUGCCGUUGGCAGUGAUGGCCCCGAUAUAGUCUGCGCUGAGCUGGCACUGUUAGCAUCCCCAGACAAGCUCAGAACAGAAAAGCCACUGUCCCCCCAGGGAUGCUGGGAAGAGGGGCAGAGUGCCUUCAAGGAGGUGCCUCAGCACAAACAGAGGCUGGGGAACUGGCAGAUCCAGGAGAGGGAGUGUGAUGGCCGCCCACAGCUGAUUCAGGACUUCCCCAGGGACUCGGGUGAUAGUAAAUUUUUUUCCAUGUGGCCUAGCAGAGCCCAAAGGGAGCAGAGAAGUGCUUUCAGCAAACCUAUCAGGUGCCCAGCAGGGAGGCCUGGACAAGCCUCCCCUGUUUUCAAGGCAGGGGGGCUUGCAGGCACCCUGGGGGAGUUGCUGGGACUCAUCAGUGAAGUAGACAGGCCUUGUUGGGGUUCACUUUCAAAUUCCAAGCUCUUAGUGAGUGGUAUCUGGAAUGUGCAAACAUUGCCCCAAAUUACUCCUUUAUGCAGUGCUUUCCCGGAUGCACCGAUACUGUGGCUUAAGCACACCACAGCACAGAUAGCCACCCCAUCAUCGUCCUCUACCCCUUCUUGGGUCCUGACACCACCCAUCUUCACCUCCCUGAACUUGUCCACCCAAAACUGGUGUGCCAAAUGCAACCUCUCCUUCCACCUGACCUCUGACCUCGUGCUCCAUAUGCGGUCCCACCACAAGAAGGAGCAGUCAGGUCCUGACCUACACUCAAAGCUGAGAGAAGAGUCCCUCACAUGCCCCAUUUGCCAUGAGUACUUCCGGGAGCGCCACCAUCUCUCUCGGCACCUGACUUCUCACAGCUGAUAGGUGGCAGUAGAACCACCUCUAGGUAUGACGUCCAGCAUUGGGCAACACAAUUUUCUGCAGGGCAGACUGCAUGGAGUUGG